AUCAAUACUGUAUUGGCUCAGACGAUAUCCCCUAACGACUGCAGUCACAUGAAUUGCUCGAAGGUAAGCAUCGGUAAGGCAUACUCCCAAACAUCGACCUGGAAUAUCCAUCGUGAGCUAGUGGCUCACGUAGCAUGAGCCUCAUGGAGCUGAUCUCUCUUCAACUUGCUAUAAUUUGCUCAUAGGAGAGCUGCUUCCAUUCGUCUUUUGUGACCCACGUCAUUACUUACUCGUUGCACAGCAUCACGACCACCUUUCAGCAAUGUUGUUGGAGGAAACAAGCCAUUGUCUUGGCCAUCCUUCUUCUCAACCCCAAACAAUACUCACCCAUCGACAAGGCAAAUAUUUGAUUCAGAAUGGCCCUUCCAGCCAGUAAGAAUGCCACUCUACCAAGGCACCGCCGUCCACACCAGAGAUUCUGGCGGCUCUUUCACAACAUCCCUCUGCUUGGCUUGCCACUGCGAUCGCUGCCAGUACACAACGUCUCUCCUCCGUCUCAAGUAACAGCACUAUUGGAAGGACUGAAGCUCGAACCCACCAAACGCUUUCGCUUUCUUGACUUGCCUCCGGAGAUUCGCAACAUAAUCUAUCAAAUCCAUUUGGAGACUCGAGACCCCUGCCGAGUUUACACAGGCAAUACUGAACGUCCUCAAGCUGGUGUCAAUCUGCUGCGCUGUUGCAAGCAGAUAAACCGCGAAGCGACUCAUUACGUGAACCACAAGCGCUGGUGGAUAAUCGGCGACCCAAAACUGAUCGAAUUCGAGUUGCUUUGGCUCAGCCUCCAUGGCCCGACCAAUGAUCCGGUCUUGUUCAGAGAUCGCAAGUACUUUGUUCACAGGGAGAAAAGCACUCUAGAGAAUAUUGUCAAUCUCUCAAUCACUAUCCACGUACGAUCUUAUCAUGUAUGCUUGAGCGGUGGACCACAGAGGCUGAGCUACCUCGCCAUGAUGAAGAGACUCAAGCAUCUGCAGAUAUGCUUUCACCUUGGUGGGUGUUCUGGACACGCAUUCAAGGGAUCGAAGCUUCACUACAGUCUAUGGAAUUGGAUCGACAGCUCAAUACCCAAGUAUGAUGGUCAAGUUGUCAUCAGACGUCUCCGCGCAUUUCACACCCACGACUCAGAUCUGUCUCCAGCGUUCCAAUGUAAAUUGAUGGAGGGUCAGAAAGUUUGACCUGGCUUUGAGGAGACAUGAGUGCGCUUUCUCAGUGUGCAUACUGCGAUAUCUUGGAGUCUUUCCAAGGGAGACCGAAGAGCAAUAAUCAAGCCUCCGAGAUCCUGAAUCUCUCACAGAUAUAUAAUCUCACUAUUGCU